AGCCUCUAAAAGGGAUUAUUAUUAUUAUUAUUAUAUAUAUAGUAUUUUUCCGCGUCCAUACUAUGCUGUCGCGACUUCUCGCGCAAUGGCCACUGCUCGUCUUGGUUCUCUUCUACGCCGCGAGCGUGCUAUUGUUCUGCACCUCCAUGCUGUCGACCUCUACCGUCAUGCGCAACUUCGCGACUGAGCCGUGCACCGGUACCGUCGCCACACCGGUGGAUCAGGUGGUGCUCAUCUUGAUCGACGCGAUGCGACCUGACUUCGUCCUCUCCGCGCUGCGGCCCUUCGCGCGGACCGGCGGCCAGUGCGACGUGCACGGCGACCAUUCGCUCGCCGCGAUCUGGGCAGACAACCGCUACACCGGGCCCACGCUGCACUACAUGGAGGAGUCGCUGCGGUCGGAGAGCGACGCUUCCAUCGCGUACUUUCUCGUGGCCGACACACCGACGACGACGGCGCAGCGCAUCAAGGCGAUUGCCACGGGCACGAUGCCAGCCUUUCUAGAAGCGGGCUCGAACUUCAACAGCGAUGCGAUCGAGCUGGACAGCAUAAUUGGCCAGAUGAACGGCAGUGCAGUUUUGCUGGGCGAUGACACGUGGGAGAAGCUGUUCCCGAACACACCCACGAAGCGGCACUGGAAGCACGCCGUGGGCGUCCCUUCGUUUGAUGUGGCGGACUUUGACACCAACGACGAUGCCGUGUUGGGUGAGGUUUACGAAGUGCUGCGCAGGGAGACGCGCGAGGCGGUGGCAGCGGCGGCGACGGUAGCACCACCACCUGCGGGAGAAGCCUUCGAUCGCCAUGCAGGUCUUGUCGUGGCGCACUUCCUCGGCAUCGACCACAUUGGCCAUCGCGUCGACUCUGACAAUCCGUACAUGAAGGGGAAAAUCAGACAGCUGGACGAGAUGCUGCGCAACGUGAGUCAGCUGCUGCGUGAGCGGCCGACUUCGAUGCACACGAUGCUGCUCGUGAUGGGCGACCACGGCAUGACGAACAGCGGCGACCACGGCGGCGGCUCGGCGCAGGAGACAGACACGUUCUUGUUCGCACAGUACUUCCCCGGUGCUCGCAGCGCGGCCCCUACGCCUUCCUCUAACUCUACCACCACUGCCUCCUCUACGGCGGCUAACUUGCGGAGGGCGCGACAACUUCUGCAGCAGCGUUGGAGGGAUCGCGUUGACGCGGAGUUCGAUCGCCUGCGGAGCUGCCGUGCUGCGGCGGGGGUGCCGCUCGACAAACUCGGGGCCACCUAUCAAGUGGACGUGACGGCGACGAUGGCGGUGCUGCUUGGGCGACCCAUCCCAUACUCCAGCUUCGGCCGCGUCAUCCCUGAAGUCCUGACCUUAGCGAACGCGUCGACGAAUGUGGAGGCGGUGGAGCAGUGCAACCUGCGGCAGCUGGAGCGGUACUUUCAAGAGUCUGCGAUGAAAAUUCCACCUGAUGCAUCGUGGAUGCGGCCCGGGGCGUCCGUGACGCAGCGGCUGGCGGAUAUGAGCUACUACGCCCGCCGCACACGCACGGAUAUGCAUCGCUCUGGCAUGUUCAUCGGCUCAACCGGGCUGCUGCUGUGUGCGAUGUCGCUCCUGUGGUCCCCCACCAUCCGCACCUAUCUUUCUCCGCGUCGCAGUGGGUGGUUGAUGACGUGGACGGUGCUGGUGUUGGUUUUGCGCCUGUGCAGCGUGUUUUCCAACAGCUUUGUGGUGAACGAAGACUCGGAGCUGCUGGGCCUGCUGUGCUCUCUGUUGCUACUGCUGUCGGUGCCGCGUGUGAUGGCGGCUGUGAAGAUGACGGGGGCACCGAAAGAGGAGCAGAGUGGGCUGCGGCCCGCCGGCAGCUGCUCUCGCUGCAUACAUUGGGGGACGUCCUUCUUGGCAGCGCUACGGCGUACCGACGCUGCAUUCUUGGGUGUGUUGCUCCUGGGCCUUCGCCUGGCUGUACCGGUACUGCUGCGCUACCGAGCCCACAUCACGCACACGGUGGAAACGGAAAGCGCCGUAGAUCGCUUCGUCAGCGCGCACGCCGCUCUUCAAAUUGAGCGCUCAGGCAUCUUUACCGCCAGCGUUUUGUGGGUCGCGCUGUAUCCCCGGGCGGUGCCGUGGCCGGUGGUGGGCGGAACGGCGGUGGCUGUCGCCUGUGUCUACCACGUGCCGGUAGCCCACCAUACCCUCCCUCUCCUGUGCGCCGUUGUGUGUCCGCAUUGGUGCAAAGUUGCUUCCCACUCAUCUGCGACCACGAAAGCCCCGCGCACCCUGCCGUGCCGACCGUAUCGAUACCUUGUGCUGAUCCUCUGGCUGAGCUCCCUGUGCAACGGCAAAGUCGCCACGGCGGUGACCACGGCGACCUACGGCGUGGUGCUGCCGCGUCUGUGUCGCGUGUUACGGGCAGCGCCGCUGCUGACGCAGGCAACCGCGCUGCACUUCUUCGCCUUUGUGGUGUUCUUCGCGGAGGGGCAUCAGUGCAUGCUGAACACGAUUGACUGGAAUGCGUCCUUUGUGGGCAUGCCCUUCUACAACAUGUACCUCGGUGCCGUGCUGGUGUUGAGCCGCACCUUCCACGCAUUUAUGUUGGUGCCGCUGGCCUUGGGUGUGUCGCCGCAGCUAGAGCACAGGCGGCUGCGUCGCUUUACGCCAGCGGAAGAGGCGGUGGCAAGGGCGAAGAGGGUAGAUGAUACUCCGGUUGGCACCGCGGCACAGCAAACAACCCACGAGAAUACCAACCUGCCCGACGACGGUGGAGGCCGAGACGCCACCACGGUUGUCCUCGCGGUGUACCUGUAUCUCCUCCUUGUCCAGUCCGCCGUCUCCUGUUUCAACGGGUACAUUCAGAAGACGCACCUCAUGCUGUUUCCCAUUUUCUGUCCAAAGCUGCUCUUUGACGCGGUCAUCGCACUGCUGACUUCCGGCGUCGUUCUCGUCUCAGUCACCGUGUUUUAG